CCCGAACAAAAAAGAUGACAGAAAAGGCGUGCAGUAGAGUAAAAUACGAAGCCCAGCCAAUCUUUGUUCCCCCUUGGCGGUGCUAUUUGAUGAUUGCAUACAUGUACAUUACAUGCACAUGUGCCCAUCCAUGCCUUAUCUUGUCCUUCCAAUCCUCGCCAGUCGUCCAAGAGCGGUAUCAAUCUGCUUCGCCUGUCUGUAUCUUUCUCUCUAUUUCAUCCUAUCCUGUCCAAGUUUGCUUCCUUCAGCUGCUGCUGUCCAGCCAAUAGAAUCAGUGAUCCUUCGGCCAAUAGAAACAAUAAAUCCGUCUUCCGAGUCCCUUCCCCCUCUCCCCCAGGCACGGAUUUACUCCCUGCAGUUUGGCAAGUUUGAUUUGCCGCGCAAAGCGCAGCGAAAAUACCUGUACAUUGCCCAUACCGUCCUAUGUAAUACAAUCCCAUGGCUCUUACUGGCCGCUAAAUCCAGAAAAGCAAAUAUCGAUUCGUCCAAUCUGGAUGCUUCUCCAUAUGGAACAGUCGCAUGCAAGAUGUACACGCGCGCAUGUUGUAUACGCAGCUUUCUCAGCGCUUUUGCCCUGCGUCUAGACUCGAGAAGGGAGGCUGGGCUCGCGCGAUAGUGCCACUCUGCAGAGGUCAUGUGAACCAUAACUCCGAAUCCUCUUUGGCCUCGUCCUUUCUCCAACCCGCGCUUCUGCACGGAACGGCUACGGCUCGGGGCCAUUGGGGGUGAAAGUUGUGAA